AUGGGCGUCUCUCGAAGCAACGGGUGCUUGCUUUGUGUCAAGCGUCGAGUCAAGUGCGACGAGAGGGUCCCCGGGUGCGUGAGAUGCGAGACCUACGGGAGACCCUGUCCCGGGUAUGACCGGGGCUUUCAGUUCGUUGCAGGGAAGCCUUAUCGUUCCCGACGACGCCCAAAGACAGAAGACGGCAGCUCCAAGGAUGAAACCAGUUCUACGAAUGUUGAGACUGGCACGGACGUCGUGUCUCAGGCUGCCUAUCAGUUACAAACUCAAGCUUCUGGUCCUCUAUCAAUAACAUCUGCCGACUCUAACGUGCUGCAAAGCCUUGACAUUGUCCUCGACGAAGUCUCCCAGCCCUACCAGUUAAACUCGGCCUAUGUUAUCUCGCGAUGGCUCCGGUGUCUUCCGGCUGUUUAUGGUCGCAAUCGGACCUUGGAUUCGACUAUCAAGUGCUUUGUCUCUCAUCAUGUCGGGAAUGUGGUUGGGAAUCAGCAGGCUCUUUGGUAUGCCAGAUCCGCGUAUGUAGAGGCGCUGGCGAGGCUUCGGAAAUCGCUAGAUAAUCCUGCCGAGGGGCUUUCGUCGGAGGUGUUUUGCGCUGUUUUGUUGUUGUGUAUGUAUGAGCUCUUCGCCAAUACGACCGACUCGGUGUCAUGGAUGAAACAUGCCCAGGCUUUGAGUCAAUUGACGCAGAUCAGGGGGUUUGGGCGCUAUGUGGACGAGUUUGACUUGACUUUGUUGAAGGCAUCUCGUGGUUUGGUUGUUAUGCAUUCCCUUUUCUCAGGCCAGAAAUGCUUUUUAGCUUCGAGCACCUGGCAUUCCGUGAUGGAGAAGCAUGUGAACACUGGAUUGUCAGCCAAGCUAGACCGCCUGGUGGAAGAGUUCUUUGCCUUCUUCACCUCUGCACCGAGCCUCAUACAUGAGCUCUAUGACUUGAAGCAAGCCGAUCGGGCAGAACCACGGGUGCAGCAGCGAAUUGCAAACCUCGUGGCGAGGUCUUAUGACAUGAUAAAUAAAGUGUCUGCAUGGUACGAGCAGUUUUCUACGACCGUUUCGCUUCCAACCCAGAUGCGGUCAUCAACAGGGGACAAGCUAUUUCCUAUCGUCCUCGUCUACUCCGACGUGAACAGCGGGUCCCUCUUCUGCGGCUACUAUUCCUACAUGUUGCUUUUGCAUGAGAUCCUUAGAGCCUGUGGCUGUCCUGGUGAGCAUGCGGCUACAGUUGUCCACUUUCGAGACCUGAUUUGUCAGUCAAUCGAGUAUAAUGCUCGCGGAAUGCUGGGGCCGUAUCGAAUGGGAUUCUCAUUGCGCGCGGCGUACGAAACCGCCGACCCUGUCACUAAGGCGUGGCUCGAGGUGUGGUUAGAACGACUUUCUAAAGCGUACGCAGCGGUACAGCCUAGAAACUUUCAAAUACCGGUGGACUGA